UUGGAUGGACUGCCAUAGUCACAUCUAAAAGCCCAAAACCACCAUUCAUUGAACCUGGACACAAGCAACAAACAAGCAGCAAAGGCUCUUCACUAAUUUUCCCACCAAAUUAAGUCGACAGAGCAAACAAACGGAUUCCCAGAAAAACAAACAGAGCAUAACCAUGUCGGAGACAUUCUUGGAAUUCCAAAUCCCACACCAAAAGCUUUUCAACGGAAUUCAAUUCCCUUUAGUUCUAUCACCCAACCCCAAGUCCCAGACCCCUCCUUCCUCUCUGUCUCUUUUCACCCAAGCGAUCAAAACCGAGAAGACAUUUCUCGACUCUGUUCUCCACAAGUCCGGUGCUGUACUCCUCAGGGGCUUUCCUGUAAAUACAGCCUCGGACUUCAACGACGUCGUUGAGGCCUUUGGCUUCGAGGAACUUCCUUACGUGGGUGGAGCUGCCCCUCGGAACAAAGUUGUGGGUCGGAUCUCCACCACCAAUGAUUCCCCGCCAGACCAGAAGAUUCCUUUUCACCAUGAAAUGGCUCAGGUUACUACAUUCCCUUCCAAGCUGUUCUUCUUCUGUGAAGUGGAGCCUGGAAGUGGGGGAGAGACUCCUAUAGUUCUUAGCCAUCUUGUCUAUGAAAAGGUGAAAGAGAGACACCCAGAAUUUGUUGAACGACUAGAAGAGCAUGGAUUGUUAUAUACGCGGGUAAUAGGAGAAGAUGAUGACCCGUCAUCUCACAUCGGGCGUGGGUGGAAAUCAACAUUCUUGACCAAAGAGAAGAGUGUGGCUGAGGAAAGGGCUGCUAAUUUGGGGAUGAAGCUGGAAUGGCUGGAGGAUUCAGUGAAAACAAUAAUGGGUCCAAUCCCAGCUAUUAAAUUUGACAAGACAAGACAGCGCAAAAUUUGGUUUAACAGCAUGGUUUCUGCUUAUACAGGCUGGGAGGAUGCCAGGAAUGAUCCUGUAAAAGCUGUUACCUUUGGAGAUGGCAAACCAUUGCCAGCUGAUAUCAUCUAUGACUGUGUAAAUAUCCUUGAAGAGGAAAGUGUAGCCUUUCCUUGGCAGAAAGGUGAUGUUCUUUUGCUGGAUAAUUGGGCAGCCCUUCAUGCCCGAAGAUCAUUCGAUCCACCUCGCCGUAUACUAGCUUCACUUUGCAAGUAGUGUCGGUGCAUCUUCACCCUGCAAAUGUUUUUAUUGGUUGGUACGAAAUUAUACAAUUUUAGGCUGCGUUAUGGAGAUGUAUAAAUGAAGUAUUGCAAUGGCAUACAAAUUAUGUUUGCAGUUUAUGGCACAGUUUAUGGCACGUUUGUGGAGAAGUAUUUGUUGAAGAUGAUGGUGUUUCUAAAUUUGAGAAAUCAGAAAAGAGUUUGAAAUUAGAGAAGGUUCGAGGAAGAAGAUGAUUUGGGAGUUACCAUUGCGAUUUUUGAAUGAUGAUGAAAUGCACCAUAUCACUAAAGGUGCUGUUGUUAAAUGCAUCGUUUCACUUAUAUUGGUGGCUGAGUGUAAUAGACUGAAAAUGGUGUCGUAUCAUGAGUUCAAAGAUCAGUUGGCAGUGGUGCGAAAAUCAGUUGAGCUUAGUUGAUUUCAUUCCUGGUUUUACGGAUCUAAUCCGCAUAAUAUGGAGAUAAUUGUUAUUCAAUUAUUGAUAGGAUUUGUACUAUAAAUAGAACUCUGAGCUACAAAUUGUAAUUAAGCAAGAAAUUAAAUACAAGUUUAGUCAGUUUCAUUCUC